AUGCACUCUACUUCUUCUUCUACUCUUUCCCGGCGCCAGAGGCCUAAGAGCAACGACAAUGGCAAGUUUAUAUCGACAGAAGAAGAAGUGAAGCUUGCUGCUCUCGCCAUCAGCCUAAACGUGCGACUCAGAUCAGCUGACAUGCCUUUCACCAUGCAAGAACACGCCCUUCGUUACGCCAAAACUCUCCUCCUCCACCCCUCCCCUCACCGUCCUAACCCCACCCUCCUCGCUCGCUCCCUUAAAAAGGAGUUUGAUUCGGUAUACGGACCAGCGUGGCAUUGUGUGGUGGGAAAGAGUUUCGGAUCGUUUGUGACUCACUCACCCGGUGGGUUUGUUUAUUUUUCACUGGAAUCCCUUUCCUUCCUUCUUUUCAAGACAGAGGUUCAGUUGAUCACGGAAUCGGUACCAACACCUGCUGCCCGCUGA